CCGGGGGCUCAAGACCCGGCAGCCCCAGCGGCGUCUGUCUCCAGGAGGGGGUGACACCUGCCACUCCAGCCUCCCGCAGCCCGACUUUUCCUGCUGGGCCGGGCCUGCGCGCAGGUGCGGGGCCCCGAGCCCCGCCCCGAGGCGGAGAGAGCCCGCCUCCCGCGCCCCCAGCGGCCCAGCCUCCCGCGCCGCGUCUGUCGCGCCCGCCAGGCGUGCUGUCCCUACGUCCGCGUCCGUGGGUCUGUCCGAUCGCGCCACCGUCAGGGCGUGGGGGUCACAAAGAGGGCUUUGGCACCCAGCCGCGUAGACGCAGCCCCGGCCUCAGCAUGAAGUCUCGCAGGGACAAGCUUCACAUCCCGGCGCUGACCCUCGAUCUGUCUCCGAGCAGCCAGAGCCCAUUUUUGCUGAGCGCCAGCAGCCCCAGCAGCCCUUGCAGCCCCUCACUGGGCCUGCACCCCUGGAGCUGCCGCAGCGGGAACCGCAAAAGCCUGGUGGUAGGAACGCCCUCACCAACCCUUUCCCGGCCCCUGUCUCCACUCUCAGUUCCCACAGCAGGCAACAGCCCCCUCGACAGUCCUCGGAACUUCUCCGCCGCAUCUGCUGUGAACUUCCCGUUUGCCCGCAGCCACGUCCCACAUGUGGACAGGGCUGACGGCAGAAGAUGGUCCCUUGCAUCUCUCCCAUCUUCUGGCUACGGAACCAACACACCCAGCUCCACGGUCUCGUCGAGCUCAUCCUCCCGGGAGCGCCUCCACCAGCUUCCUUUCCAGCCGACACCGGAUGAGCUAUGCUUCCUGUCCAAGCAUUUCCGCAGUUCAGAGAGUGUGGUUGAUGAGGAGGGCGGCCACCGCUCACCCCACCUCCGUCCCCGUUCCCGCAGCCUCAGCCCGGGACGCACAUCAGGGAACUUCGACAAUGAAAUCGUCAUGAUGAAUCACGUGUACCGGGAAAGGUUCCCCAAGGCCACGGCGCAGAUGGAGGGCCGCCUGCAGGAGUUCCUUGCUGCUUUCUCACCCGGCGCCCGGCUGGCGCUGGCCGACGGUGUCCUGGGCUUCAUCCAUCACCAGAUCAUCGAGCUGGCCCGCGACUGCCUGGCCAAGUCUGGGGAGGCACUCGUCACCUCCCGCUACUUCAUGGAGAUGCAGGAGAAGCUGGAGAGGCUGUUACAAGAUGCCCACGAGCGCUCCGACAGCGAGGAGGUCGGCUUCAUCGUCCAGCUCGUCCGGAAGCUGCUCAUCAUCAUCUCAAGGCCCGCGAGGCUCCUCGAGUGCCUGGAGUUUGACCCUGAGGAGUUUUAUCACCUUCUGGAGGCUGCCGAGGGUCAGGCCCGAGACGGCCAGGGCAUCAAGACGGACCUGCCCCAGUACAUCAUUGGGCAGCUGGGCCUGGCUAAGGAUCCCCUUGAAGAAAUGGUGCCUCUGAGUCACCUCGAAGAGGGAGGACAGCCUCCAGCACCUGAGUCCCCGGAGAGCCGUGCCCUGGUCGGCCCAUCACGGAGGAAGCCGUGUGAGAGUGACUUCGAGACCAUCAAACUCAUUAGCAACGGGGCCUAUGGGGCUGUCUACCUGGUGCGGCACCGAGACACCCGGCAGCGCUUUGCCAUCAAGAAGAUCAACAAGCAGAACCUGAUUCUGCGUAACCAGAUCCAGCAGGUCUUUGUGGAGCGGGACAUCCUCACCUUCGCCGAGAACCCCUUUGUGGUCAGCAUGUUCUGCUCCUUCGAGACCCGGCGCCACUUGUGUAUGGUCAUGGAGUACGUGGAAGGCGGUGACUGUGCCACCCUGCUGAAGAACAUGGGCCCCCUGCCCGUGGACAUGGCGCGCAUGUACUUCGCCGAGACGGUGCUGGCGCUGGAGUAUUUGCACAACUACGGCAUCGUGCACAGGGACCUCAAGCCUGACAACCUACUCAUCACCUCGCUUGGCCACAUCAAGCUGACUGACUUCGGCCUGUCCAAGAUCGGGCUCAUGAGCAUGGCCACCAACCUGUAUGAGGGCCACAUCGAGAAGGACACCCGGGAGUUCGUGGACAAGCAGGUGUGCGGGACCCCUGAGUACAUCGCGCCCGAGGUGAUCUUCCGUCAGGGCUACGGGAAGCCGGUGGACUGGUGGGCCAUGGGUGUCGUCCUCUACGAAUUCCUGGUGGGCUGUGUGCCUUUCUUCGGAGACACCCCUGAGGAGCUCUUUGGCCAGGUGGUCAGCGAUGAGAUCAUGUGGCCAGAAGGGGACGAGGCCCUUCCAGCAGAUGCCCAGGAUCUCAUCACCAGGCUGCUCCGACAGAGCCCACUGGACCGUCUGGGCACCGGCGGCACCCAUGAGGUGAAGCAGCACCCUUUCUUCCGAACACUGGACUGGGCGGGGCUCCUGCGACACAAAGCUGAGUUUGUGCCACAGCUUGAAGCUGAGGAUGACACCAGCUAUUUUGACACUCGCUCGGAGCGUUACCGCCACCUGGGCUCUGAGGAUGAGGAGACCAACGACGAGGAGUCGUCCACGGAGAUCCCCCAGUUCUCGUCCUGCUCCCACCGGUUCAGCAAGGUCUACAGCAGCUCCGAGUUCCUGGCCGCCCAGCCCACUCCAACCUUUGCCGAACGGAGUUUCAGUGAGGACCGGGAAGAAGGGUGGGAGCGCAGUGGCGAGGGCGAGUAUGGCCGCCGCUUGAGCAUGGAUAUCCGCACCCUGAGGUCCUGGACAUCGUCUGGUACUCCCUGUCCAUCAUCUUCCCAGCCGGAGCGGGGCCCCAGCCCGUCUCUCUUGAAUACCAUCAGCCUGGACACGAUGCCCAAGUUUGCCUUCUCGUCAGAGGAUGAGGGAGCCACCCCAGCCUCUGGGGGCCCCAAGAGGCCCAUCUUCAUUCUGGGGGAGCCUGAUCCACCCCCAGCAGCCACCCCAGUGAUGCCGAAGCCCUCAAGCCUUUCCGCUGACCCAGCCACCCUCAGCCACGCACGCCUACGGAGCAACAGCACUGGUGCCCGACACUCCACGCCACGGGCCUUGGAUGCUGGCCGGGGCCGCCGCCUUGGGGGCCAAAGAGACCCAGCUCCUGAGAAGUCCCGGGCCUCCCCCGGCGGGGGCCGCGUGCCCAAGUCGGCCUCGGUGUCGGCCCUGUCGCUCAUCAUCACGGCCGAUGACGGCAGCGGCGGCCCCCUCAUGAGCCCUCUGUCCCCACGCUCGCUGUCCUCAAACCCGUCAUCCCGAGACUCCUCUCCAAGCCGAGACCCAUCCCCUGUGUGCGGCAGCCUGCGGCCCCCCAUUGUCAUCCAUAGUUCGGGCAAGAAGUACGGCUUCAGCCUGCGGGCCAUCCGCGUCUACAUGGGUGACAGCGAUGUCUACACCGUGCACCACGUUGUCUGGAGCGUGGAGGAAGGAAGUCCAGCCCAGGAGGCAGGGCUACGAGCUGGGGACCUCAUCACCCACAUCAAUGGGGAGUCCGUCCUGGGUCUGGUGCACAUGGACGUCGUCGAGCUGCUGCUGAAGAGCGGCAACAAGAUAGCCCUGCGGACCACAGCCCUGGAGAACACGUCCAUCAAGGUGGGCCCCGCCCGGAAGAAUGUGGCCAAGGGCCGCAUGGCCCGCAGGAGUAAGCGGAGCCGCCGGCGGGAGACCCAGGACCGGCGGAAGUCGCUUUUCAAGAAGAUCUCAAAGCAGUCCUCUGUGCUGCACACCAGCCGAAGCUUCUCCUCCGGCCUCCACCACUCCCUUUCGUCCAGCGAGAGCCUCCCCGGGUCGCCCACCCACAGCCUCUCCCCCAGCCCCACGACGCCUUGCUGCAGCCCUGCCCCCGACGCCCCCGCAGACGCCGCCUCCCCUCCCAGCGUAUCCCCGAACUCCAGCAGCCCUGCCUCUCCCGCCGCCGCUGGCCACACCCGGCCCAGCUCCCUGCACGGCCUAGCUGCCAAGCUGGGGCCACCCCGCCCCAAGACCGGCCGCCGCAAAUCUACCAGCAGUAUCCCGCCCUCCCCACUGGCCUGCCCACCAGUGCCUGUGCCCCCACCCCGCUCACCCUCGCCCCUACCCGGGCACCCGCCUGCACCCGCCCGGUCUCCACGGUUGCGCCGGGGCCAGUCGGCCGAUAAGCUGGGUUCAGGCGAACGGCUGGAUGGUGAGCUGGGGCGCCGCAGCCGGGGGCCAGACUCGGAGCUGGUGGUCAUGCGGCGGCUACACCUGUCGGAGCGCCGAGACUCCUUCAAAAAGCAGGAGGCUGUACAGGAGGUGAGCUUUGACGAGCCCCCCGAGGAGGCCACCGGGCCGCUUGCCUCCGUCCCGCAGAUUGCCGUGGAGGGCGCCAAGGCUGUGCCAGGAGCCCUGGGUCCUGCCGGGAAGGACUGAUCCCUCCCACCUGGCCUCUCCCUGGCCUUGAAGUUGGGCUUUUCUUGUGCAAUGUUUUUUCCAUAAAGUGACUCUCAGAUGGAGACUGAGCCACCAGACUAUGACCCCUGGAAAGCGAGAAGCCAUCUCCAUCCUUCCUGGAAAGUAGAGACAGCACCUCCUUCGUGUUCCGGUGCAGAUCGGGGGGCUGUACGUAGGGGCCGGAAUGGGGAACAAGGGUGGCACUGUAAAUAGCAGCAAAUCCCUGCAACUAAUUUAUUACUUUUUAUAAGCGAUAGGUAGACUGAGCCGCCAUUGUGAAGGUGGCUGCCCAGGUCCUGCCCCUUGCCCCUAGGACCCCAUUUGUAGACACUGCCCCCUGGGCUGAGAAGGAAGCACUUUGGAGAAGUCAUGUAUGUUUGUGUUUUCUAGGUUUUCUGUAUUUUUUAGUUUUUUUGUGUGUGUCACUUGAUCCCAUCCUGGCCCAAGACCCGCAGGUUUGAGGGGAUACAGGCAAGCUCACCUGUCCAGGCCCAGUGUGGAUAGGACUUGGGAGAGUCUAUAAAUGAUUCCCCUCCACCACAAAACAAAGCAACCUCGAUGAUGGACUGGAUUCUGAAAGCUACGUCUCACUGUCAUAGUCUCUGUCGCUAGGCCAGCCGCGCUAGAGUUUGCUUCUAGUCCUGAAGGCUUCAGCCUGGAGAGGGGGGUGUGCGACCUGGGACUUUGACGGAUGAACAGAGAGGUCACCCACUCCACAGGGUGACACUGAUGCCCUGGGAGGGAGGCACAGGCCUCCAAGGGUACUGCCAGGGCUCAAGAAUGUCCACCCUAGACAAGGUUUCAUGUGCUUGAUGCCCACCAGGGUGAGCCCUUGACCAUGAUGUGUCUGAAACACCCAAGGGGGUGGGUCCCUCAAUGUACCACAGCCUUCCUAGAAUGAAAUUCAACUGAGAAACCCAACUGGGGGGGCAAUGUGGCCCAAGUUUGAAUCUUGGCUUCCCUGUGUGGCUCUGGGAAAAUGGCUUUCCCGCUCUGUGCCUCAGUUUCCUUGUGUUUACAAAACUAAUCCCAAUGACUAUUUAUUAAGCAUCUACCCUAUGCCAAAUGCUUUUACUCGUGGCUUCUUGCUCAGCCAGCCUUGAGAAGGCAGCAGGUGGUGGUGUCGCCUCCAUUUUAUGGACUAGUAACUGACGCCUGGUGAGGGGCGGAGACUCGUCCCAUGAUCACCUGGUGAACGAUCACCUGGUGAAAAAUCAUGCAGCAGGGCCCUGUCGUGGGCACUGAGAACAAGGGAGCUGGAAUGGAGGGGCUGGUGUCAGAUACAGCGGACUCUAUCUCCAGCUCUCUUCCCCAGGCUGCUGUGACACACCGAGCACCUCACGACCUCCAUUUCCUAUUUGGAGGUGGCUGGCAAGAUCACUGUGCCCCACAUGGUGAAGGCACGUCCCAGGCACUGUAGCCCACUCUGCAUCCCUCCCAGAGACCCUUGCCCAGCACUCGCUGGUGCUGGAGCUAGACCAAGGCUGUGCAUGACUUGCUCCCUCCUUCCAUCCUGGAGCUGACCGUGAAUAAAAGCCCACAUUUACAAAGAGGAGGCCCAAUGUCUGGAUCUGUGAGGGGCAGAGAAAGGGGUGAGGGGAGAGUGUGGUGGAGACAGGGUGAAAACUGACCUCUUGUGAAGGGGAUUUGAAGGCUGCACAGGAGUUCACCGAUGAGAUUCUCCCUGAUGCCUUCUCGGGCCCCUGGCCUCCUCCUGCCCUCUCCCUGAGUACCCAGCAUAGGCUCUGCUCUUAAAAGCUUCAUCCAGACACCGAUCUGGGGCCCCGAGCUGUGUUAAUAAAAUAAAUAAACCAUCUUUGUGUCCUUUCUA